CUCCCCCACCAUGCCAGGGCCUGACGGGACCAUCCGGGGCUGGGAGGAGACGCUCAACGCCACGAGACCCUUGAACUACAAUCCGGCCAGCGGGGAAUUCAGCGUCCUCCAGAAGGGCUUGUACUUCCUGUACUGCCAGGUGCAUUUCAAUGAAGGGCGGACGGUGUACAUCAAGCUAGACGUGCAGGUGGACGGGGUGCUUGCCCUGCGGUGCUUGGAGCAGUUCCCCCCAACCAGCGCCGGCCCGCAGGACCCCGAGCUGCGCGUGUGCCAGGUGUCUGGGCUCCUGCUCCUCCAGAAGCAAUCCGUCCUGCGCCUCCGCACCCUCCGCGACGUGCGGCUCAAGGCCGAGCCCUAUCUCACCUUCUUCGGGCUGUUCCAGGUGCACUGAGCCCGGGGCAGCGGGGCAGGACUCCUGGGUUCCGCAGGAGAGCAGCGGUGUUGAGUGGCCAAUGCAGGAGCGGGCUGGGAGCCAGGACUCCUGGGUUCUAUCCCCAGCUCUGGGAUGAGAGUGGAGUCUAGUGGUUAGA